UGUUAAAUUUUUAACUAUAAACUCGUGUGAUAGAAUGUAAAACGAUUCAACUAGAUGGAGAGUAAACGUUUCUUUGGCAAAAGCAUGGUGAAAGAACUGCUGGAAAAGUUCUACCAAAGCCUAUAACCACGAAACACUGCGUAUCAUGUGGCAUCAUCUUGCCGUGGAAGGCGACGCGCUGAUUGUUUUCGAUGCCCUGCUUGAAAAGAAAUUCUUUUAUUGAGGACUAAAUCACAGCUUUCUAUUGUGCGUGGGGGAAAAAGACAACAGGAACAGUGACGGUGUGUAUUUAAGGGAUGAUUUGUUCAGCGUUAACUGGCGGCGUGCAGAACCGCGUCUAGAAAGCUGGAACAUUCCAUCCAAUUCCAGCCCUCACUUUCCCACCCAACCGGAGAGUAGAUGCAUUAGGUCUGCACACAUCGGUCUCGGGACGGAGGAAAGCAAUCGUGAUCUACAGAACAGGAAGCUAUAUCCGGAAACAGUGAAGGUAACAACCAGCAAGCGGACCUAAAUUACGAAUAGGAUUGUGACGACAUACGCUAGAAAUGAUGAUUCGCAGCAAUAUGUAAUUGUUGCUCGCUUGUAAGCAAUGCAUACGCUAGAUAUCGCAUACCAGACGGUGUUUAAAUUAACAUGUUGAUGCCGACGGUCUUCGUGGUGGAGGUGCCGUACAAAUCCGUCUUGUGUGAAGUCUGCGAGAUUCGCAAUACGAGUGUGUUGCACAAAGCAUAGGUGUCCGGAAGGGGUGGGCGCAGUUUGGCGUGAAAUUUCGUGCGUGUGCGCGGGUGUUGGCGCGUAUGUGUGUGUGUGUGAGUGAAGAAUUAAUAAGCCACUUGAGUCAUUUUCGUCCCCCUCCACCAAUGUUUGGGUUUCGCGCGUGUGUUUCUUGGUGUGAGUGCUAAUUUUUUUGCUUCUGAUUCUUGCACGGUUGAUUUGCAACUCCCGUGGUCAACAACUAUCAGUACUACUACUGCCAGGGGGUGAUUUGACCCAGCGUGCACCUCGAGUAAAUGUUUUCAUAUUUCCCGUAACACGACGGAUGACGGGCUAUGCGAGGUCAUGGUGUCGCCAAUCGCCCGAUUGUAAACGUGCCUGCCGUAUGUUUUGUGCGCUAUCCUCCAUCAGAAGGGAUUGACCGGAAAGCCAACACCGUACUGUGGCUGAUACGUCCCACAGGGUGAGCAUAGCAGGCGGAAAACGAGCAUUCUUGUGUGUGCGUGCGUGUGCUCGAAGUGUGUAGCAAAGGAGCAUGGAGAAACAUAAUACGCUGGAUGUCGCGUCGUCAGCCCGGGUCACCGCGGGCGGUGGAGCAAGCAGCAAACUAAAGCGAGCAUUUUCAAUGCCGCGCAACCCAUUUCAAGGUUCGCGAGGAAGUAACCAGACAGUUAAAGCAGUUGGCAAUGGCAAUGGUCUUUCUACUGGCGAGAAAGAUGACGAAUCACGCUGUGAUUCGAGGUUGCCUAGCGGCAAUCAGAAAAAAUCGUCGACUACAACCGAAGGAGGCGCUGGAACUGGUACCAAUGGUAGCGGAAGUGAGAAAAAGAUCUUCCGCCGAUUAUCAGUGAAAAAGUUUAUCAAUCGCAUUGCACAACAGAUGACUUAUGUCAAUCGCACGGUGGGUAAUCAUAAAUUCGACAAGGUACAAUCGUCACAACCGUCCACGCUCAAUGGAUCGGCACGGACCGGCAAUGGUGGUACGGCACCUGGAGGUAAUGGACCGGCGGGAAAUUUUGUGUGGCCACCAGAUACCGUGCCGGGUGUGAUAGGAUUGCGGAACCACGGUAAUACUUGCUUCAUGAACGCCGUCUUACAGUGUCUCAGUCACACGGACAUACUGGCUCAGUAUUUCGUGUUAGAUCUUUACAAGGCCGAUUUAAAACGACGCAACAAAAUUAAUGCCAAAAAGUUCGGUACUAAGGGCGAAUUAACGGAGCAGCUGGCUUUGGUGCUAAAGUCAUUGUGGACGUGCAAAGAUGCUCCGGACUAUAGCUCGAAUUUUAAGGCCGUGGUCGAUCGCUACGGAAGUCAAUUCAGAAGUUCUACUCAGCAUGACGCACAAGAGUUCCUAUUCUGGCUGCUGGACAAGGUGCACGAAGAUUUGAACACGGCAACGAAGCGAAAGUACAAAGCUAUUAAAAACAACGGUCGUUCCGAUGAAGUGAUAGCCGCUGAAACGCUAGCAAAUUAUGUGCGCUGUAACAACUCGUUCGUACAGGCUGUUUUCCAGGCCCAAUUUCGUUCUUCACUGUCCUGUCCGACAUGCGGCAAGCAGAGUAACACGUUCGAUCCAUUCUACUGUCUGUCGGUGCCACUCCCACAACUGUCUCAACAGCCCGUGUUGGUUAAGGUCAUCUAUUCCUCACAGCAACCGAAACAGGUUAAGCUGGGCCUGGGGAUACCGCACGGUUCGCCCGUGCUGGCAUUACGCGAGCAGUUGCAUGCAGACACGGGAAUAUCGCUCGAUCGGAUGAUACUAACCGAAAUCUGUGAGUCGGGUUUUAGUCGCGUGUUUUGUGAUUCCCAUCUAAUGUCCUCCGUGCGUGAAAAUGAUCCUCUUUACUGUAUCGAAUGUCCCACUGCUGGCGCUGGGCUGGAAACAACCAGCGGAACAAAAAUUGUGCUCUGUCUGUGCAACGGAAAGCGAGACUUUGGUGGACACGCGAAGCGUUUCGGUACCCCGUUCUGUUUGGUGGUCAACCGGGACGUUUCAUACAGCGAGCUACAGAAGCUGCUGUUAAAAGAGAUGUCGAGCAUUUUACGUUCGGAGGUAUUCGCGUUUGCAACACCGGCUCAAAAUCUGUUCCGCAUGCGCUUGCAAGACCCAUCCUGCGAUGCGGAUACCUACCUGGAGGCCACUGUGGAACAUCCACUAUUUACGGAAAUGAUCGAUUUGGCUCUUUCAGUGUUACCAACGGAUGCGGGUCCAGCGCACAUAAAGCUCCUGCUGGAAUGGACAGAACCGGAACGAUUUUUCAACGACUUAGGCGAUCCAUUCGUGGAGCACGAAAGUGUAAGCCAGAUGAAGGAGAAAAUUCCGGCUAGCUCGGCACUAACACUCGAGCAGUGCUUCGAGCAUUACACCAAGGCGGAAACGCUCGGUCAAGAUAAUGCGUGGAAGUGCCCGCACUGUCAGGAGUACUUACCAGUGGUAAAAACGCUCGGUCUAUGGUCGCUCCCUGACAUAAUGGUGAUACAUCUUAAGCGUUUCCGGCAACAGCAACUCCGUGCCAGUACGCAGGCAGCCAAGCUAACAAACCUGGUGAAAUUUCCGCUGCACGGUUUCGAUAUGACACCUCAUCUGGCGCGUGAUCCUGCUGCCCACCAGCAACCAUCGCACCCGUCCCAAACAUCCAAUAGCGCCUCCACCCAAAACCAACAACAUCAUUCGCUGGAGCGACAGCAAGGUACGGGGUUCGCCGAUACGGAUAAUUGGAGCCCGUGGCGCAAAAUCAUGCGCAGUGCCCAUUCCACACAAACACAUUCCAUGCUAGUGGGAGGAGGUUGUGGAGGAGGAACCGGUCGUCGUCAGCUUGCAAUGGAUAACCGGUACGAUCUGUACGCGGUGUGCUAUCACCAAGGAGACACACUGGAGACGGGUCACUAUACUGCCGCCUGCAAGAAUCCAUACGAUGGCCAGUGGUAUCGUUUCGAUGACCAGCGUGUCUCCCAAGUGCCGAACGAUCGCAUCGACGAAGAAAUUAUCAACAACGAGGCUUACCUAUUGUUUUACCAAAGACGAAAGCUUCCUUCGGACGGGUCGGGUGAGUGUUCCGGCAGCUCUAGCUCCAGUUCCGGUGAUCAUUGGGUCUCGAAAAUCAUUAUCCCACCACCAACAAACGCAACAUCCACUGCAACGUUAGAGCGGAACAAAGCGCAACCAACAGCUGUGGUGAUCACCACACCAUCGACGACGGCGAUAACGACGACAGAGACAACCACAACCCCGACUUUCUCGUCAUCAACUUCCCCCGGAAACGCAUCAGAAACUGCUGUCAGUAUUUCACCGGAUACCGAAUCUGGAAAAUUGCCCAAUGAAUCAUCAAAAGCAAAGGAUACUGUGGAUGUUAUGUCGAUAUCUUCGACGAACGAGAAAAGUCGCAAAGAGAAGUCCGAAUCGGAUGAAGAAUUCGUUCGCGCGGUUGAAGUUAAAGAUUCUCUUGGGAAAAUGAACGAAAAAGCUCCAGCAGAACCAAUCGUCAAUGUGGUUAAAAGUGAUCAACAAUCCUCAUCACCUUCACUAUCAUCGUCAGUUGUUGUGCCAACGGAAAAGGAAGAAAUCGUCGCUCCUGAAGCCAAAGAAUUACAGAAAUGUAUUGACGAAGCAACUAUACAAUCUUUGGAAACACCGAGCAUGAACAAAUCAUCCAACAUUAGCAAAGAAGCGACAGAGCAGUUUUCUAAAAAAGUUCUGUUGGAACCAUAUGAUCAAGCUUUUAAAAUAACCGAAGAUGGUGUUGUUCCAACGAAGGUACAAUACCCAACUCGCGUAGAUAAACACGAACGGGCGGUUGAUCAAAAGCUGGGUCUGGCAUCGGCAGCUACCAAUGGCGGUAGUCGCUUUUCGCUCCCAUCCUCCCAACAGUUCCAGGACAUUUUGUGGCGUGAGAAUAUGUCCGAAUUGAUACACCAUCGACCGUCGUCCUUUACCGCGUACAAGAGCGUGCUCGAUGCAGGUGAUGCAGUUUCAUUGAUUCGUGGUGCAAACACAUGCAGUAAGGACACGUUGCUAUUUAUCGAUCAGCAGAACCAUGGACUCGAUCGUGCCGUGCUGGACGAUGACGAUGAUCCAGACGAUCUGCUUCCCGGCAGCGGAGGUCGCGCAUUGUGGAUUUCCCCGGUUACGCCACAUAAAUUGAUAACCGUAUCACCGAAGAAUUAGUCCUGCGUUUAAAAGCCCCAAAAAUCGUCAACAUUGCAAGGGCUGCCGUGUUUUUCGGUCCGUGCGUGUUUGUGUGCGUGUGUGUUUUGUUAAACUAUUAUUUUUAUUAUUAUUAUCCAUAUGUUAUUAUUGCUUGUGUGUUUUGUAUGUUUUAUUUUGCACCAUUUUUUAUGUUAUGUCAUGUUAUGUUAGUAUGUAUCUAUUCUUUUUGCGCUAGCGUUUUAGACCCUGUUUGUUUGCGUAUAAUUUAUUGUGCAAAACCAUGUGCAUCUCCACGAUGCGGUGUAAAGCGGACGCGCAAUAUGAUUGUCGCAACCGCACAUUCCUUUAUUACUGUGGAGGCGCGAAUCCUGGACUCGCGGAACUGCUAUUAUUAUUGCUUGAGUGUAUUAGCAUCAAUCGCGUGUGAAGAGUCCUAACACAAUUUGGGUAUCGUAAUUCGCUCUCUCGCGACAACAAUUGAGAGUAAAAUGGUCAAUUAAAGGCAGAGUUUGAUAAGGGUUUUUUUAGAAAUUUGCGUUCGUUUUUUGUGCGUAUGUUUGAGUGGCAUUGAGCAGCCGAGUUUUGAAGUACGUCUCCGCAGAUUCAUUAAAGACGGAUGGGUAGAAAGUGAUAUUUAUUCAAAAAUUUCGAAUGGAAGGAAGAAGAGCCUAAUUGAUACAACUGUAGGUUAGAUUCAUACUCAUUUUUGGAGAAAAAAGAAACAUACAUAAGAACAAUUGUAUUCCUUUAUAGGCAAAUCUCACCUACCAGCGCUUCGAAAGCGCGUUUGUGUGUGAGAUAGAUGAUAGAACGAAGGCAAACAAUACAAAUUAUAUGCAAAAGGAACCAUCUUUAGAGAACAACAACUUUCUACAAACCCUUCUUCCCCGCACUCCCUCUACACAUUACAAGAUGUGCCCUAACGUCUUAAAUCCCAUACCCUCCAACACACAUAUAUUCCGAUUAAUAAUGUUAGCGCCCCUUGGCCAGAGCCAACUAUCUCACCAGCCGGGGCUAUGCAAAAUUGAAGCGAGCAGAGCUAUUACUAUACUACAACUCUACUACUAUUACUACUACUACCACAAUUACUGUUGAGCGCGAAGAACGUGGGCGAAGAUCACCAACCAACCAGAGGUAGCAUCUAUUAGUGAAAGUGACGCAAGUACAAUUUAAUGUUAGUUAUAUAAUAUAUGAGUAACUCCUCUCCCGUGCACACAUUGAAUGGUGGUGCAAUCGUGGUUAUUUUGCCGCGCCAGUCCGGGAAGAAGGUGCACGAUAAAAAAAGAAGAUGCAUGGGCACGGGGGAAGACUCCUCACAAUCCUUUUAAAUUAUUGAUGAUAACAGAGAAACGAACGAACGAAUAUUAAA